AUGGCGCCCAAUUCUAACUCAAAUUCCAACACAAGAAAACCUUCAUCGCAAUUUCUCAACAUGGCAGUCCCCAUUUUGGACGACGAUGAUGAUUUUCAAGAUUGCCCUUCGUCCUCGUUCUCCACCGCCUCCAGAAAGGCCAGCUCGCAACCCUCGCGCCUGAACCCGCUUGCUUCGACCACCCUGCGUCCUUCCGAGAAGCCGAGAAAACGAAGAUUCGUCAAUCUCGGAAAGGAAAAUCACCCAUUCGGCGUGGCGGAGGCGGAUUUGGUUGGUGGAUUGGACUCAAUCGAACCAACCCUCGAUUUGCUGAACCCCAAUGGGAAUAGUGAUUAUUUACUCUGUAAAAGCUCAGUGGAGCCGGCACUGUUGAGGCCAUGCGGGGAUGAUGGGGAAAGAAAUUGCAAUGAGGAGUUUCCGGAGGAAAACUCGGAACUCGAUGUGCUGCUCAAGCUAUGUGCCGACGUGGACGAUCAGAACGAUGGUGAUGGUACCGAUUUGGAAGAUAAAUCCGUGGGUUUAAUCUGUUGUCCUGUUUGUGGAGCUGAUAUUUCGGAGUUGAGUGAUGAUAUGAGGCAGGUUCACACUAACGAGUGCCUCGAUUUGGUGAAGGAUCCAUCUGAAGUGGCUGCCAACACUGAUGAUAGAGGAGAAAAUCAAUGUCCCGGGCAAGUCGUUGAUGGCUCUCCUAAUAAACCUGAAACAAAGUCUGUUGAUGUAUCCCGAGUUGUAGAAUGGCUGCGCGAUUUGGGCCUUGGAAAGUAUGAAGAAUUUUUUAUAAAGCAAGAGAUUGAUUGGGAUGCAUUGCAAUGGUUGACAGAAGAGGAACUAUGCGACAUUGGUAUUACAGCACUGGGCCCUAGAAAAAAAAUUCUUAAUUCUCUUCGAAACACAAGAAAUGACUUGAGCGGGCCAACUGAACCUAAGACAGCUGUCUCAAGAGUUUUGGCUGACGAGACUAAACUAGCAACAAACAAGUUGAUCACUGAUUACUUUUCAAGUCCUCCCUCAAACCAAAAAAGUGGUGCUGUUACCAAUAAUUGCCACAAUAAUGUCAGACAAAACAGAAAAAAUUCUACUGGCACUGGCAGGAGCACUGAAGGAAAAGACAGUUUGAGGAAUAGGAAACAGAAAGAUGCCCCUAGGUGGUGUUGCAUACCGGGGACUCCAUUUCGAGUGGAUUCGUUUAAACACCUAAGAAGAGAGUGUUCUCAUUGGUUUCUCAGCCACUUCCAUUUUGAUCAUUAUCAAGGGCUUACAAAGUCCUUUUGUCAUGGGAUAAUAUAUUGCUCCUUAAUAACAGCGAAGCUAGUCAAUCUGAAGAUUGGAAUCCCCUGGGAUAAAAUUCAAGUUUUGCCUCUGAACCAAAAGAUUAGUAUUGCAGGAACUGAUGUGACGUGCUUUGAUGCAAAUCAUUGCCCUGGUGCCAUCAUAAUCUUAUUUGAACCACCCAAUGGUAAGCCUGUGUUACACACUGGAGAUUUCCGCUUUUGUGAGGAAAUGAAAGAACUGUCUAUUUUGCAAACAUGUUCAAUCUACACCCUCAUCCUUGACACAACCUACUGUAAUCCCCAGUAUGACUUCCCAAAACAGGAGGCUAUAAUCCAGUUUGUGAUCGAAGCCAUUCAAGCUGAAGCUUUCAACCCAAAAACUUUGUUUUUGAUUGGCAGCUAUACCAUUGGUAAAGAAAGAGUGUUUCUAGAGGUUGCUAAAACUCUCCGUAAGAAAAUUUAUGUCACUAGAGCAAAACUACGCAUCUUGGAAUGUCUGGGUUUGCAACAGGAAGACAUGCAAUGGUUCACGUUAAAUGAGCAAGAGAGCCAUAUCCAUGUUGUUCCCAUGUGGGCUAUUGGUAGUUUCAAAAGAUUGCAACAUAUGUCUGACCAGUACAAGGGUCGAUUUAAUUUGAUUGUUGCUUUCUCACCAACUGGUUGGUCAUUCGUAAAAGGAAAGAAGUCUACUGGAAAAAGGUGGCAGAAGGGAACAAUUAUACGGUAUGAGGUACCGUACAGCGAGCAUAGCAGCUUUACGGAGCUCAAGGAGUUUGUUAAGUUCAUAUCGCCUGUAAACAUUAUACCAAGUGUCAACAAUCACGGCCCGGAUUCUCAUAAUGCAAUGGUCUCCCAACUCUUGUCUUGA